ACUGAAGCGACUUAGCAGCAGUAGCAGGGGCGGCUAGCGCCGGGCAUGCGCAGCGCGGCUCACCCGCCCCCGCCCCGCCCGCAGGCCCGCAGUUCUGGUCGUUCCAGGGCCGGCUGCUAGAGGGCGCCGCGCGCCCGCUCACCGAGCUGGGGCUGCCCCCCGGGGCGGAGGCGGACGCCCUCUCUCCCCGCAGCUCAACCGAAGACCUACCUGAUCCCGGGGCGGCUGUACUGGCGGUCCCAGCGGGAGGACCCUAAUCCACCAUGUGCUUCGCUAAGGCAGUCCCAUAUGACCAGGCUUCUCUGAGGAGCAUGCUGCACAGCUCUGUGGAUCAUUACUGUGAUCGGAUGGGAAAUGAACCAGAAGCAGCACAGAUGGAGGCAGCCCUAGCAGAGACGGAGGAGGAACUCAGCAAGUAUGUCUGUGAAUUCAUGGAAGAUCACAUUCAAGAGAACCUUCCCGAAUCCCUACAGGAGUCCAGUCCCUUGCUUCAGGAAGCACGGCAAGAAGUACGCCGCAGAAUCCAGAGACCCUCAGUCACUGCCUUUCUGGAGGUCCAGAAUCCAGAAGAGAGCAUCUGGGCCAGAGCCCUGAGGCGGUUCCAAGGCAUGCUGCGGAGUCUCCAGCAGCGGUGUUGGGAUGUGCUGACCUGGCUGCAGGAGAAGGUGGCAGCCUGCCUGGAGGCCGUCUGCAGUGAGGUGAAGGCCGUCUGGGGAGUGCUGACGGAUUUCUGCUCCUCUGUUGGGCAGCUCUUCAGAAACCUCAUUCAGGUCUAAGAGCCCCAGGUGGUUCUGGAGGAACUCCACCUCAUCCAGAAGGCCCUGCAUGAUCCCCUUCCUGAACCAUCUUCUGAAGAGACCUUUACCCUCCUGCUCACCCUUGACCCAUCCUUUAACUGCCCUCACCUCCUGUCCUGCAGGGACAACACCACAGCAUCAGGCCAGGUUUCCCUUCUCCAGGUCUGACCUGUCUGUCAGGGACGGGAUGCUCUGCUGACCCAGGGAUGUGGGAGAGGCUUGGAAGCCCAGGGCCCCAAGGACCAAGGUGCCUUCCGUGGCUCAGCAUGCCUCGGUGUCUCUGCCUGUCUCUCGGGACCCUGUCAGAUGGGGCGCUGAGCUGAUUCUCAGCGAGGGAGUCACCUGAGGCCGGCUGUGGGUCUCACAGGAGGAGGCAGUGGUGAACCCUGACCCUGAUGUUAGCAUCUUAGUGCCCUCAUCAUCUAGGGGACCGAGCUCACUGUCAGCUCAGGCCCCAGCAGGACGGGAGCCCUGAGGAAGGCUCUCCCUGUCUCCUGGGCCUGAGCCUUCCUGUUUGAGGAGGACUGCAGCCUGUCUGGGAUUUCCUUGUGGCAGAGCCCCAUUCCGGCCACAACCUUCCUCCUUCCCUUCCAGGGGGUCCCUCUGACAGGCCUGACACUGGAAGGCCUACCUCUGGCCUGAGUUCCCUGCUGCCAGGAGCCUCUCACUGCCAGGCCCUGAGCCGCUUUGGCUUCCUGGCCCUGGCCUUGCCUCACCUCCCCGUCAGUAUUCAAGUCUCUCACACUUGCCCCUGCGUUCUCCGGUGACCCUGUGCUAAACGUCCACUUGACUAUUUCCUUUUUAUCUUUUUACAUAAUGACCUUCCAUCUGAUAUACUACUUCCCUCAAUGGUGAGGUUACUCCGUUGAUAUAAGUAGUAAGGUUUUUUUUCUUUAAGGUUAAAUUUCUUCCCCAUUUCAAUGUCAAUAUGAGUUUGUAUUUUAUUGUUCUUGUUGUUGGUUUUAGAUUAAAUCUUUUCUCCAUUUCAAUGUAAGGUACAUGAAAUACAUUUUCUAAACAUUUCCCUCCAAAGAAAUGUUUCCAUUUUUGAGCAAUGGUAUGUGAUAUGUGCAUGUACAGUAUAAACUCAGGAGGUAACAGAACAAAAUCCCAUAAAAAUAUGGAGGGAAGAGUCCUCCAUGGUGCAGGAGGGAGUGAUCUGAAUGGAAUAGGUGUAAAUCCAAGGAUUCUAGGCACAAGUUUCUUUCUUCCUAUGGAGAAUUCUGAAAUAAGGAAAUAUUACUUAUGUAAAUAUGAGACAUCUCUCGUCUUUGAGCUUUAACUAGCAUAUGCAAAUUAUAGACAGCAGUUUUUAGUGGGAUAUUUGCUGUAAAGAAGAUGUUUUGUACUCCA